CCCACCAGUCGGGCAAGGAAAACGAAAGAAAAACAAUCUACGGUCCGGAACAUGAUGGCGGGUUAGAAAAUUUUUCUCCAUCACCAGCGGACGGAGGGGCGGCGAUUUCACCCCGUCAGAAUUUAAAUUUAGUUCUAAUAGCAUUAGCAGCAGCUGCCGUAUUUCUCAUCAUUUGCAUCGUUGUAGCGGCCUCCGUGCUCGCUUGCAGACGAAGGCCCGACCCGAUAGGUUUGCAUGUUCGCAGAAGACGCAGGAGAAGUGAUAAAAAUUCCGACGGAUCGGACGCCGGUUUCAACGAGGGUUUUCAUCGGAGAAGCUCUCAAUACAGGGUCAGCAUGUACGAACAAGAAAUGGAAAUGGAACCGACGGAUUCGCGACGAAAUACGCAUCGUCCCAUGCCGCCCAGGAAUUGUGUUUUGCGAAACACAAGCUGGCACACGGCCGAAGUGUCAUGCACUGCAAAUGAAGACGGAGGAUUACCACAAACAUUUGUCUUGGAAGUAAGAAAUUCUCCGGAGUAUUCAGAGCCCACAAGUGUGACAACGCUGAGCGAUCAGGGGGAGAAUUCGCCCCCUUUGUUUCGAGUACUCGGUCAAUCACCUGUUUUCAGUUUGCACAGCUUAGAACCGGACAAGAAAUACAACAUUCUCGUCUAUGCUGAAAAUGCGGUCGGGAAAAGCGACCCGCCAGUUUUUAUACCCAAUGUUCAAAUUCAACAGUAUUACAGUAACAACCCCCACCAGUCGGGCAAGGAAAACGAAAGAAAAACAAUCUACGGUCCGGAACAUGAUGGCGGGUUAGAAAAUUUUUCUCCAUCACCAGCGGACGGAGGGGCGGCGAUUUCACCCCGUCAGAAUUUAAAUUUAGUUCUAAUAGCAUUAGCAGCAGCUGCCGUAUUUCUCAUCAUUUGCAUCGUUGUAGCGGCCUCCGUGCUCGCUUGCAGACGAAGGCCCGACCCGAUAGGUUUGCAUGUUCGCAGAAGACGCAGGAGAAGUGAUAAAAAUUCCGACGGAUCGGACGCCGGUUUCAACGAGGGUUUUCAUCGGAGAAGCUCUCAAUACAGGGUCAGCAUGUACGAACAAGAAAUGGAAAUGGAACCGACGGAUUCGCGACGAAAUACGC